AUGAAGCAAUAUCAGAUCCUCACUCUUCUUGCCUGCGUGGCCACGGCCGCUGCUCAGGGUGUCACGGCCAAGAUCGCCCCCGAAGCCAAGGCCCCCACGGGAUGUGGCCCGAAUUUCAACGACAGGUUCGAGCUGGACAUCUUGGAACUCGGCAACCCAACCAAAAGAAGCGAGCAGGUCCGCCAGUGCCAUGGCGAAGGCACUCUCGUUUCCCAGCUUGUGGAUGGUGUGUUGACCGACGCCCAUGGUCGAACCGGAUACAUUGCCUCGAAUUUCCAGUUCCAGUUUGACGGUCCCCCUCAGGCUGGUGCAAUCUACACGGCUGGCUUCUCGGUGUGCAACAACGGCUCUUUGGCGUUGGGCGGGUCCACUGUCUUCUAUCAAUGCCGCUCCGGUGACUUCCAAAACCUUUACGACCGCUGGUGGGCUGAGCAGUGCAGUCCCGCAGAGAUCUUGGUAAUCCCUUGUGGUGACAGCCAUCAGGACGCUGCGAUCAACGGCGUCGUUGUCGGGACCACAGUCCUACCCACGACAGUGGUUAUCCCACAGAGUGAUGGUGAGGGGAAGGCCGUGGUUACUACGGCAGCUGUUCCGCUAUGCUCUGUUGGCGAGAUCGGAGAUGGUCAGAUUCAGGGACAUCCGACCCUCUGUUCCGAAUUUGAAUUCCCCACGCCACUGACGGACCUGGUACCCGUUUCUGAGUAUGCCGAUGGUCAGAUCCAAGUGACACCUCCUGCCCCUAAUACACCUGGAAACCCCAAGUCGCAGCUCACGCCCCCUAAUUCAGUUCCCAACAUCUUUCUGACGACUACUCCUGCUUCCGGGUCCCCGCCAGCCCAGAAUACUGAGGUUCCUCCCGGGGUCGUUGUCGUGCCGCCCAAGCCCAGCGUCGUGAUCACCAACGAUGCCGGCCGCCGCUGGCUAUCUAGCAUCAACGGAUACAUAGGCAUUGCCCUGGGCGUUUUCGGUGGCAUGCGGUUCAUCUGA